ACAGCUGCUAGUGCAAGGAAGAAGAGGCAAGGUGUAAUUGAUUUUGAAGCUUUAAGCAAGCAUGGUUACAAAGGAGGGCCUUCGAUUUUAAAGGUUCCAGACAGAAAGGCGGAUGACAAGGAGCAAGACUGGUCCUGGUCGACUGGCAGGAAGAACAAUGAAGACAAUAAAACCUCAGAGGAGUCCUUUGAAGAGCGGGAGCGGACUCGAGCUGCUGCAAAUCAGCAGGAGAACCUUCAAAUUGUCACAGCCAAUUUGCAGGCGAAGCAGAUUGAGAGGGAGAAGAAGAGCCAGUCUUACUCGCAGAAGGAGAAGAGGAAGAGGGAUCUUGGUCAGGCAAGCAGAGGAAAGAACUAUGUUGAGGAAGAGAAGAGGGUACUCAGGGAAAGUGGUAUAUACUCAGGUUUCGACGCAUGAUUUAAUGCAGUUACUUGAUCUUGUUGGUGGUUCCCUCGUUAAAAUACGAUGCAUGCAUGAUUAUAGUAACAUGUUUUGAUAGGAUCAAUGUAAAUGAAUGUGGCAUGCUUGGUUGUGUAUAUGUGGAUGUUCUUGGUAAUUACUGAACUCGCUUGUCAGUUGUUGGUUAGAAUACAAAACAAGGUUUUCUUAACAAAGCUUGAUCAUUG